AUGAAGCCAACUAUUGACGAAAUAAACACGGAUAUAAAUUCUCCGUGGUUUGAAGUACGCAACACUACAACUGGAAGAGGAUGUAUUUCGAAAUGUGAGAUCCCAAAAGAUACAAUAAUACAUAUAAGUAAAGCCUUAAGUUCAGCUAUUUCACGUCCAUUUAAGAAAGAAGUUUGUUCGUCAUGCUUCAAAUUUAGUGGAGGACAAACUCUCAAGUUCAGGAUGGGUGUCCAACUCCUGUUAUAUUUUUGCUCGGAACAAUGUUUGUCUGCAUUUACUGAGGAGGACAUCGAUCAAAUUUAUCUUGAUACUCUUUUAAAUAUUGAAAAUUAUUACAAUAAUGGAUUAAAAAAGUCAGACGAACCUGAAUUAGCAUUAAACGAAGAAGAAUUUGAUCAACAAAUCAUAGACGAAUGGAAAAAAGUAAAUGAAUGGGAAGAGAAGAUCGAUAAAAUGAAGGCAUCAAAACGAUUGAAUAGUAUUCCAAAGAUUGGCGAAUCGGAAUAUAUAGAGACCAAAUAUAUUGUUGGAAUACUAUUCCAAAUGUAUAAAGGUAAGCAUAAAGAAUUAAAAUAUUUUGGAAGUUUACAAUCCAACGAGUUUGAUAAGUUAAAGAAAUAUCCUCAAUUAUUACAAUCAUAUACUAAUAUAUAUAAGUUUGUGAAGCUUACAGCACAUACCCAACUUCAACCUUUAAUAACAAGUGAAUUGGUAAGGACAAUUCUUGGUACCAAUCUCACAAAUGCAUUUGGGAUUUGGUCACAACCCAUUAAUGAUGCAGAAGAGAAAGAUUAUUUUGGUUUUGCCAUUUAUCCAUCUGCAUCCUUUUUUAACCAUUCCUGUGAUCCAAACUUAGUUAAGACGCGUGAAGGGGAUACUCUAUAUUUCAGAGCAUUAAAAGAUAUUGAUCCAAACACAGAAUUGUUCAUAAGUUAUGGGAAUUACUCAAAUGAAAAUGUCCAGAUAAGACAAGAACAAUUAAAAGAAUGGUUUUUUAAUUGUUUGUGUACAAAAUGUAUCACUGAGCUUGGAAUGAAGCUUGAAUGUAAAUAA